CCGUUCCCUAUUGUCUGCUCUUUAUAUCGCUUAUGCUCGCCAUGAUCGCGAUGUUGACGUCUGGCUCGAGCAUGAUACGUUGGCUGCACGCCGAUCGGCACUGGACUCAAGAACAACUCAGGCAGGGCGGCUACUUCGCCUUGUCCUACCUGUUGUCGAUAGUCACGCCUAUAUUCAUCGUCGCUUUGUCCCUACAUUGUUUCAUAUUUGCGAUGUUGAUAGCAGGCUUUUCUUCUCAAAGCAUGAUCUGCCGCGCCGUCACUGCGCUCUGGAUGAUCACAUACGCUGUUAACAUUGGGACAAUAUUGAUGGAGGCUAUGUGGAAGUUUGCGACAAGCCUCAAUCACGCUGCUUAGCUAGUCUCCAGUUCGCUCCUUGUUUCGCCCGCGGUUUGUAUAUGUUGUACAUAACCUCCCUGAUGUGUCGAAGUGAUUAGGCUGUAAGACAUUAUGUUGUCUUCAGAUAGAAUAAUAAUAGCUCCACUUUCCGAAUCUCUUGACCCAAGAAUACCCCAUGGCCAGUGGGGGACUGUCUUUGUUGUAGAUCUUGA